UGAACAUCGGGGCUGUUUGCAAAUGGAAGCUGUCAACAAAUAAAUUUUUGAUUCCUCAGUAAAACACUUUAAUUUUACCAUGGGGAAAGAGCUUGGACCCCUACAAAAGUUUCAGAAAGAAGCUGAUACAUAUAAGAAAAAGGUUGACAAACAAGCAAAGGAUAGUACUAAAGCGGCAAACGACAAAAAAAUAAAGACAGAUGAAGAAAAACUAAAAGGCUUUUUUAAAGGGUGUUAUGAUCUCAAAGCUCAAGUUGAUGACUUACUGAAGCAGGCUAAUGAACUUUCAGAGGAAAAUGAGCCAAGCAAAAUAAAAGAUUUUGAAAAGAAGAAAACAACAGAAGUAAACAGAAUUACAACAUGGCAGACGCAGUUACAGACAGCAAUGGACAAAGUUUUACCAGAUGAGAAAGGUGUCGCUUAUCUCAAGGAACUAAAAGGUGAAGGUGAAGAAGAAGAGGACGAAGAAGAAGGAGAAGACGAGGAAGAAGGAGAGGAUGAAGAAGAAGGGGAAGACGAAGAAGAAGGAGAAGAUGAAGAGGAUGAGGAAACUACACAUGAAGAGAUAGGAAAGGGCAAACCAGUUGAGAAAUUAAAAAUAGAAAGAAAAGAUGAUGAUGAGGAGGAGGACGAGGAUGAAUAUGAGACAGACGAAGAUGAAUAUGAAACGGAGGAAGACGAAGCAACAGAUCAUAAGAAACCUACAGAAACAAAGAAAGAGAAAAUGCAGAAAGAAGAGAAAGAAGCUGACGAGGAAGAGGAGGAAGAAGAUGAUGAUGAAGAAGAGAAUGAAGAUGAGGAAGAGGGAGAAACGGAGGACGAUGAUGAAGAAGAGGAGGAGGAGGAAACAGAAAAGAAGGGAAAGAAGAAAAAGAAAAAAGAUGCAGCAGAAGAUACACUUGAAGUUACCACUGGAGGACGAAUGUUUGAAGCUGUGUGUGAAUAUGCAGGAGACCAACCUGGAGAUUUAUCAUUUAAAGUUGGAGAUGUAUUAACUAUUGUACAAACAAGGGAAGAUGGUUGGUGGGAAGCAGAGAAUGAAAAUGGAGAUAGAGGAGUGGUGCCCUCUACAUUUUUACAAGAAUAUAACAAGUACAAAGAUUUACAGAAAGAUGAUGAUGAGGAGGAAGAGGAGGAGGAAGAAGAAACAGGAGAUCAAGAAGGAGGGGAGACAAGUAGAAGUGGUAAAAAGCAUUGGGGAAGUAUCAAGAAGGCUGUCAAUGAGUAUACUCAUAUGAACCUUAGGCUGAUGACAAGUGCCACAGAUGUUCUUCAUGCUUUAGGAGCAAUGCCUUCAGGAUUUAGACCUUCUACAUUGAAACCUUUAUCUGUCAGAGAUGAUACAUACAAAAUGAAGAAUUACUUGGCACCUAAACUUAGUAAAUCUAACUUGUUCUAUAGAGAUCUAUUCUAUGAUCCUACAAAAUCUCAGAUAAUGCCAAGAAAUAGUAAAUUUGACAGAGUUAUAACUAUAACAAGUUGUAGACAGAUUCCUACACCAUCAAAAGCUAUUUCUGUACGGUCAAGAUAUGUCCGAGUUUGUUUGUUUGAUGGACAAAAUGUAUUAAGUAAUAUUCAUGUGUUGAAGGUGAAUUCUGUGGACAAAGAAGAAAAGACCUGGUCAUUUACCACAAAAAUAUCAGAUGUAAUGGAUCCUUUACAACACGCUGAAAUAUUUGUCAGAACCAAUAAACUUCCAGAAAAAAUAGGAAUAUUAUUUGAACUUGGAUUUACCUUUGUAAGAAAUUCAACGGACACCGAAUCUAGAAUGACAACAUCAAGAAAGAGCACUGAAGAGCCUGGGGAGUGUAGUUGUGGGUGGGUUUUACUGGAUCUUUAUGAACCCACUGGUGGUCUGAUCAUGAACAAGACUUUUGAUCUAUAUGUAAACGGAGGAACACCAUAUGAGAAGAAUGUAGAAGUUGAUCCUGCCAUUAGUCGUAGAACUACAUCCAAUGCCUUCAUGUCACUAAUAUCUGGUAAUAAACAACCAAGACUAAACAUCAAGGUACAGGUUCCUAAAAGGGAACUCAAAGAACAGUUAGAUUUACUGCCAGACAUUCUGAUAGGAAAUGCAUCAUUGAUUAGCAUGUAUUCAUACUAUCGUCAAAUCUUAGCAGACACAUUACUGAAAGAUAGAGUAGACCUUGAAUCUACAGAGUUGAUUCACAGUCCCUUCCUUGCUACAUUCCCUGCAACUGCUGACCAGAUGGAUUUAAUGAAGAUAUUUAGAGAAGCUUGGAUAGAAAGAACAAAAAUCAUCAGGGCACCAGAAAAGGUAAAAGAUAAAAAUAGAUUUAGUACAUUAUUUUUAGUUUAGUAUCUAUAGUAUAAUUUAAACUGUU